AUAUAAUAUUAAUAUAAAAAGGGAUAGUUACUUACGCAGAGAAUUUUAUAUUUUAUGUUGGCAAAAGUGUAUACGGUUACAUAUUUAAAAAACGCUUACGUAGCUGUGUAUACAGUCAUUCAAAAUAAUUAACUUGUAAAAUAGCAGAUAAAUUUGAUACAAUUUUUGCUCAAUGCGUCCAAGUAAUUUUGGAAAACUGAGAGUUCAAGCUCGACAAAUUGAUGACGGUAUUGAAAAAUUAAAUACAACAUGGAAACUUCCACACGUUCUAAUCGGACGUUUUGCAGAAUGUACUGCAGAAUCAGAUUUUUAUACCGAAGCUAUGUGGAAUGUUAUAAAGAAUACACAGAAUGGAAUAGAACAAACUUUGUCAGAAAUGAAAGAAGGUUCAAUUCAUAUGGAAGAAUUUCUCCAAGAAACUAAGGCACAAUAUGAAAGCUUAAAAGAGCAAUGCGAUAAUUUGGAGACUGUUUUUGAAGAGUAUGGUUAUCACUACGAUGAAAAUAAUGUCUUGGAAGAAUCAAAUGCUAACAGUACAAGGAGCCCUGAUCAAAACUCAGUUGAAGAAACAGAAAACUUAAAAGUUGAAUUUACUCCUAAUCUUAGUUGGAAAUGUAAAGUAAAAGAAAAUGGAUUAUCAUCAGCAUGUAAAGAUAAUUAUAAGUCAUAUAUGCUUAUGACAGCUUUAACUAAUAGUUCAACAUCAGUUUCUGAUCAUAGUCACAAGGAUUACUAUGAUAAUGAUAAGGAAUGAUGACUAUACACAAGAAUAAUGUAUGCAUUUCAGAAAGAGAAUGUCUAUAAGUACCAACUCUUUCUAAACAUUUGUAUAUUGUAUAUUAUAUUGAGAAAAUGAAACUUUCGAAAUUGUA